AGAACCUCAACGGUUUGCACCUAAGUGCAUUCCCAGGCCCAGAGCAACAGGGACUUGGGGAGUGACAGUCUAUAGGACCGCACACCCCGCUCUGCCGCUUUCUCCCCCCGCCCCCCAAACCCCGGGAGGAGGAGGAGCAGAAGAACCGAAAGGAAACGCGCGCGGCUGGGUCCGCGGGCUUCGGAGCCGGCAUGGAGCUGCGGGUGCUCGGGCGGCUCUGGCUCCUUUGCUGCUGCUGGUGCUGCGGCGCGGGCCCCGGAGCCGGUCCCGGGGCCACCUUCACCCGGACUGGACCGCGGAGCCGCGAGCGACAGGAGGCCGCCUUCCGGGAAAGUCUUAAUAGACAUCAAUAUUUGAAUUCUUUAUUUCCUAGUGAAAAUUCUUCUGCCAUCUAUGGAAUAAAUCAGUUUUCAUAUUUAUUUCCUGAAGAGUUUAAAGCUAUUUACUUGAGAAGCAAACCUUUCGCAUUCCCCAAAUACGCAGCAGAAGUGCCAGAGCUCAUCUCCAACAUGUCUUUGCCUUUAAGAUUUGACUGGAGAGACAAGCAUGUUGUAACACUAGUGAGAAACCAGCAGGCGUGCGGAGGGUGCUGGGCCUUCAGCGUGGUAGGUGCAGUGGAGUCGGCAUAUGCUAUAAAAGGGGAGCCUUUGGAAGACCUAAGCGUGCAGCAGGUCAUUGACUGUUCAUACAGCAAUUACGGCUGCAAUGGAGGCUCUACGCUCAGUGCUUUGAACUGGCUAAAUCAGACACAGGUAAAGCUGGUGAGAGAUUCAGAAUACCCAUUUAAAGCACAGAAUGGCCUCUGCCAUUACUUUUCUGAUUCACAUUCUGGAUUUUCAAUCAAAGGUUAUUCUGUACAUGACUUCAGUGACCAAGAAGACAAAAUGGCAAAAGCGCUUCUUACCUUUGGUCCUUUGGUAGGGAUCGUAGAUGCCCUGAGCUGGCAAGAUUAUCUGGGAGGGAUCAUUCAGCAUCACUGCUCUAGUGGAGACGCCAAUCAUGCAGUGAUCAUAACUGGGUUUGACAAAACAGGAAGUACUCCAUAUUGGAUUGUGAGGAACUCAUGGGGAAGUUCAUGGGGAGUGGAUGGCUAUGCCCAUGUCAAAAUGGGAGGGAAUAUUUGCGGUAUUGCAGAUUCUAUCUCUGCCAUAUUUGUAUGAUAUAUUGAUCGGAUCAAGAAACAACCACAAAAAUGAAGGUUCAUAAUGAAAUGUAGCUGGUACUGCAUUCUCGGCAUUAUUUACCUUUAGGUUUUAGCAAAUACCCACAAAAGUUUCUAGGGCCUAGUAGCAUUUAAACUAAGUUCUAGAAUGUUCCCUUCUUAUGUGGAGACAUGGGCAACCAUAGUCAUUUGGAAGAACACCAGCACUGAGACCUGAGAGACAGUUUCCUAUGCUGGACUGAGUCUCAAAUUAGGCGAUAUCUUAGAUCUCUUUAUUUUGAAGAGGCUAUUACGUGGUUUUGUUUGAUUGCUGUUUUGUUUGUUUUUUAUGUUUUUAUUCUUAAUGUCAUACUUCAAGUAGAAUUAAAGAGGUGAUAAGAUGUCUUUUCCUUUGUGGAAUAUAACCACUGCAUUAGCUUACCCGUAUAUACAGGAAUAGCCAACCUAAAAUUAUGUGUGCCUCUCACAGUUAUACUCUCACCCUCUGAGAUUAAAUUUUAUAAGGAUUUUGAAAUACCAAUAGCUUUACCUUAACAAAUAGCACUUAUUCCUUAAACUGCAGAGAGACCAUGUAGUCAGAAACAAAAGGACAAAAAUCACUUUUUUACAAGGUUAAAAUAAAAUGACAAUAAAUUAUAUGGCAACUGUGUGAUAAGAAAAGCUCAAGUAGCAUUGCCUGAGAGACAAAUUAUUUGGAAAUUUUCAUUGUCAAGAAGAUUCUACUAGACUUCAUUUCUUACUUUGAUCUCCCUAUAAUGAAAGACAAUAUAUUUUUCCAUAUUUUCCCACUCUCUUUCUCUUACUCUUUACUGUGAUACUCCUAAGUGUUCCUGGUUGUUUGACUUCCCUGGCUAAGAAGCCUCAUUGUUUAUUUUUCACUUCUAUUCUACAACUAUAUAUUUUGUUCUUUCUAAGCCACAAACAUCAAGUUCUCGCCUUUCUCUUUUUCCCAUUAUUUGUAGGUAAUAUGCCUUUCAAAGUCUAAUGUCAUUAAUCUGGGGUAUCAGCUAGAAUGCGAGUUUCUCAGGCUCUCCAUUUUCCCAGUUUCCUGCAUAUGCUUCCCAGACUCCCAUUCUAACUACUUUGCUGUGCACCUGUUUGGCUUUCACCCAGUUCUUAGUUCUUCAUGCCCGUGUUCCUUGCCUAAAUCAUCAUGUGUGGCUGGGGAACAACCUCAUAGCAUAAGAGUUGAUCUUUUGAUUGUACAACAGUAUUAAAUGUUACAUGAGAAAAUCUAAUCAAAGACUACAUAUGUAAAUAUUUUUUCUAUAAAAUUCAUGGUUGCUUCUCCCCCGCCUCCCUAAUUUUUACUGAAUUUCUUUGAGGUGACACUGAUUAACAAAAUUAUACAGAUUUCAGGUGCACAGUUCUACAACACAACAUCUGUACACUGUAUUGUAUGUUCACCACCCCAAGUCAAGUUUCCUUCCAUCACCAUUUAUUGUCCCCAUACCCCCCUUCACCUCCCCCAUCCACGCUCCCACUGGCAAUCACCACACUGUUGUCCAUGGCCAUGAGUUCCUCUUUCUCUCUCUCCCUCUCUCCCCCCCCGCUCAAUCCCUCCAGAUUGCUUUCUAAUGUAAAAUAUAUUACAAAAGUGAAAUUCUAAAUGUAGAAGCAACCACUAAAAAAAUUGAGGACAUCCUGCUUUUUAUUUCUCUUUUGGUUUGUAUCUAUCCUGUUUAUUAGAAAUGAAAAUCAAAAACAAAACACUAUACUUCUUUUUCUUACACCAACCAGAACCAAUCUCAAAAGAAUAUGUAUUGACUUAGGUUUAGAUAUGUUCCAGGAAGCUAAGCAUUGAUAGCUUAAUGGGUUAAUAUUCUAAUUAUUUAAGUAUGCCAAACGGAACUAAGUUCGUGUUCAUUUACUGAUUUCUGUAUAAUGUAAAUGCUUUUAUGAUACUCUUAAAUGCUAAAAAAUUUUUAAAAUUACAAAAUGAUUAAUACCUCACAACUGCUCUGAAUUUGAUGACAUUUAUAAUAAA